UGGUGAGGAAAAGUCAGUUGAGAUGAAGAAUAUGGAAAAGGAGGAGGGCAAUAAAGGAGGAGAAACAACGAACGAGAAGGUGGUGAAUGAAACUGAGAAGGAAACUGAACAGGAGAAUCGUAUGGGUAGUGGUGUCGACCAACAACCAGAGGAGACUACCAACGAACGAGAUACUAUUAUCGAURAAACGAAGAAAGAUAAGAAAGAAGAAGAAGUCAUUGAAGAAUCAGAGUAUUUGAAAGAGUGGCCAGUGGGAACACAAUGGGAACCCUUUGGAAUUCCACAGGAAGAUGAGGAGGAUCGUUCGGAUAUUAUUGAAGUAACCUACUCUUACCAAUAUCUUUCGUUUCGUAGAUCCACAUUUAAUUCGUAGCUCGUUAAAUAAAACGGCUUCAUCGAGAUAGAAAUCUUGUAAAGAUCAGAAUAAUGAUAACGAGAUUAGCCAAUAGAAUUGCCAAAAUGUGCAGAAGAAAUGCGACGAUUCUUAGAAGAUUUUACCUAUCAAGCAACGAUCUAUAGAUCAUAUUUCAAACACUGGUGGGAGACUAGCGAACAGGCGAUCAAAGAAAUCACUGGUAGAACUGUAAUGCCUACUGCUAAAUUACAAGGUAUUUUGAACGAUAAAGAUCCGCAAGAAACUUUAAGACAGUGUUUCAAUUACCCAAAGGAUUCAUUCUUGUUAGACGAUACAGGUGUUUUGUCUCCUGAAAAACUUGCCGAGAUGAAGGCUCUAUCAGAACGAAUCGGUACUCUGGAGUUUAUCAAAGAGAUGGCACGAGCUAACGAGAAAAUACCGUAUUUUUUUUAUCGAAAAGCUGAACCAGACGUAGAAAUAGCAAUCAAGCACGAUGACGAAAAAGUAAUCCCAUUGGAUCCAGAUAUGGAGGUUAUUUUUGGUAAUUACAGUAGUCUUCGUUUCAAUCUUAACGAUAAACCCGGUAAAGGUAAAAAUUCUUGCAUACGAAACUACUAA